AUGCAGUGGGGCUUAGAGAAUUACCUUUCGCAUGUGAUUAAAAUUUUUGAAAAACUUGGAUAUAAACUCCACAUUGGCACAAUUCCUGGAAAUGCAACCUUUGACGUGCUAUGGAGCCAUGAAUAUCCAUUCUUCGAUCCUUUACUUAAAACUUAUCUAAGCAAAUUAAAGCCAUAUCAAAAAGUGAAUCAUAUACCUGGAUCAGGGUAUUACACAAACAAGGUCAGUCUUGCCACCGCUGGUCUAACAACUGGUGUACCAAAAGCUUUCGAUUUGCCAGCAAAGCAAAAAGAGCUCUUAAACUAUGUAACAGCAUAUCCUGAAAAGUUGUGGGUAAAAAAAAAUAAUGGUCAUCGAGGCAUCCGAAUUCAAAAUAUUAGCGAAAUUGAUUUUUCGGAUAAGGACUCAUUUGUACAGGAGUUCAUUUCAAAUCCAUUUCUUAUUGAUAAUCGCAAAUUUGAUAUUGGAAUUUACACAGUAAUUACAUCGGUUUCACCGCUUCGUGUAUAUAUCUUUGAGGGAGAUGUACUACUGCGUUUCUGUCCAAAAGAUUAUGAACCAUUCGAUAAAGAUGAUGUAGACAAAUAUGUAAUUGGAGAUAAUUAUACGCCUGUUUGGAAGAUCAAAUCGUUAAAGAAGUACUAUCUCGAGCAACACAUGACUUUUCAAGAAACACUAAAUGCUUAUAUUGAAAAGGCAGGCAAAGAUCCACGUCUUAUCUGGAAUCGAAUCAAAGAGACCAUCGCACUCGUGUUCGAAUCACAACAAAGUCAAAUGCUAGCUGCUGGAGGCAAAUUUGUUGAUAAAAGACCAUUCUUCGAAUUGAGUCGCUUCGAUUUUAUGCUUGAUGAAGAAAUGAACGUCUAUUUGAUGGAGGCCAAUAUGUCGCCAAAUCUGUCAUCUGAACAUUUUUGGCGCAAUCGGUUACUCUAUGAACAAGUAAUCAUGAAUUUGUUCUCACUGGUUGGCAUUGCAUCGAAUCAACAUGGAAUGUCCAUAGAAGAUCGCUUUGCAGAUAAAGAAACUCGAGAAAUGUUUGUCUCUGAUCGAGAUCUUCGAGUAUUUGGUAACGACUGUACCACUAAUACUUCCCAGUGUUUUGGUAGCGAAGGAUGCAAAAGAAAACUUAAAUGUCAGUUAUGCGGACACUGCUUGAAUUACAAUUUACGAACUAUACUCCAAUCAACUUAUGAAGAACAUAUGUCCAGACGAAAUAUGCGUAGAAUUCUACCACGUUCAAUUCAUAAACCUGAGCAUACAGGUCUGCCACACAGCCAUCUUGAUAGAUUGUUAAUUCUUUGGUUUGAUGCAAAAUGUAAACAUGAUAAGACAUGGUGCUUGUAA